GAAGCGCCCAUGUCCCUCCCUCACCAAUUUUCUCCACCUUCUGUCUCUUCUUUCUAUGUAAAAGGCCAAAAAGGAGAGGGGGAAAUUACCACGAAGGAAAGAGACUUUCCGUCACUUUCUGGUUGUUGGCUCGUUAUAAAUUGCAGGCUCAGCCCAAACUGAAUACGAACGCUGAAUAUUUUAAAAGCAAGACACUUUUGCUGGGAAAUCUUUAAGCUGUUGAUACAAGAUUAAAGCUCACGAUUUUAUUGGUUCUCUCUGUAAAUCCUCUGCAUUCUGAUUCUUCUCUUUUCUGGAGUGCAAUUGGCGGCAAAUUUUGUAAUUCUACCGUCGUCCGUCAUCCCCGCUCAAGCGGCAUUGUGGUUACUAUAAAGCACAUACAACAAGCUCGGCGUGGGCGUGAUUAUCUUAUCUCGAUCUUCAUUUCCUUCUCUCCUCGAAUCCCAGGUAUUCAAACCCGAAUCUAUCUCCUGCGUUCUUUGGAAUGAAUCUAAGUCAGUUGAUUGCCCAAAAAUUUUCAACGGAAUUUUAUAGUUCUGCUUAAUGGGCUGCGUUUGUUCAAGGAAAGCUAAGUCAGCUGGUUACGAGGAUCCCACUGUUCUUGCUGCAGAGACACCUUUCUCUGUGAGUGAAGUGGAGGCGCUACAUGAGCUCUAUAAGAAGUUGAGCAACUCCGUUAUUGAAGAUGGUCUUAUUCACAAGGAAGAAUUCCAGCUGGCGCUCUUCAGGAAUAAAAACAAGAGAAAUCUGUUUGCAGACAGGGUUUUUGACUUAUUUGAUGCCAAGCGUAAUGGGGUUAUUGAAUUUGGGGAAUUUGUUCGAUCAUUGGGUGUUUUUCACCCGGAUGCACCUAUGGAAGACAAGAUUACUUUUGCUUUUAGGUUGUAUGAUCUGAGACAGACGGGAUAUAUUGAACGUGAGGAGCUAAAGGAGAUGGUAUUGGCGCUUCUACACGAAUCAGAUCUUGUACUGUCAGACGAUAUGGUCGAAACCAUUGUGGAUAAGACAUUUAGUGAUGCUGACACAAAAGGUGAUGGAAGGAUUGAUCAAGAGGAGUGGAAGGCAUUUGUCUCAAAACAUCCAUCUCUGAUGAAGAACAUGAACCUUCCCUACUUAAUGGAUAUAACCUUAGCGUUUCCAAGUUUUGUGGAGACAACAGAAGUUGAAGACUCAGAGGUCUGAGAUUUUCGUUUCAUCUUCGAUCUCCUUUGAUAUUUCUUAUCAAGGGAUCACCGUUUUCUGCGUUGACAAAGAUAUCCAACGGAAUUUCACCAAUGGUUCCCGACCCGAACUUGAAAGGACUUGGUUUUGCGAUUCUUUGAAGCGGGAUCAGCCAUAAAGAAUGCUUUUUUUUAUGACAUGAAUUGUUCUGCUAGCGCAAGGCCUUGUGUUGCAUUGCAUAUCGAAAGAGACACGUGAGACCGAGUCAACCACCUUGCUUUUUAUGGCUCUUGCGGCGUCAGAAACUCAGAGUCUUUGGACAUUUAUUUAUUUAUUAUUAUUUUUAACUAAAACUUUCGAUUAUACUUAAUAAAUCGCCUACACCUAAUGUCUGAUCGUCUUCGCAUGUGGACCAAACUUAGAAUUGGGGAAUGCUUUAUUUUCAAUAUUUUGGCCGGAGUUCAGAGUCCUCGGUUUCAGAGUAAAGAAAGAGGCGGUCAGCGCAGGAAGCCGGUGUUGCCGAGAAAAUGCUUCACUGGUCCGUCACUGAAUAUAGUAUACCAUGCAACUUGGUCUUUGAAUUUUUUUUUUUUAUUAUUGUAAAGUUCGCAGGCUUACCUUAUUUUUUUGUAAUGUUCGCCUGAGUUAGCUCGCA